GUAUUGGUUUGAGAGAGGAGAAGGAUAUACAACAUAUUGGUGCCGUGACCCUUGGCCAGAAGAACUUUACAGAGUCUGCCUGGAGUGUGGUGAGUAUAAUUGUUAUUAUAUUCUAUUGCUGUGAUUUGUUCGUUUGAUAUGGCAUGCAACAUGGAGGGUGCAAAAGUUACUUAUUCUGAAAAUGUUAAGAAAUGGCUUCUGAAUUAUAUUAAGAGACAUGGUGGUCCUUAUGAAAUCCCACAGGACUGUAAACAGUCAUGGGAGAUGUUGCAGAAGUUUUUGGGAGAGACAUUAUUUGAAAAAAAGGUGUCAGAGAGUAAAAGAAAAGGUUGCAUUGUGCAAGGACUACUCUCUUGUUGUUUAAGAUUGGAAGAAAUUGUGAAAGCAAAUGAGGAUAAGUUGGCAGAGCUGAAUGCUUCAAUUAAAGUAAAAUCUGAAAAGCAUGAUGAGAUGUAUAAUGAAUUAAAUAAUAAGAUUGUUGAUCUUAGAGUAUAUGCAGUAGCAACUGGAGAAGCUUUAAUUGAAAAGGCCAAAGUGUGUGAGGAGCUUAAAGAGGAGAAUGAAAGGGUGAAUGAGAAAAUGUUGGAUUUGCAGAGAGAAUUGGAUGAAUGCAGACAUGCUACCAAUAUGGCUUUUAAUAAAAUGGCAGAAAGUAUGGCACCUUCUAGUAUGUCUCCUGCACCUGAAAUUCCUGGGUCCGUUAACUCAGGGAUUAGAGAUAUAGGAUAUAAAUCUAUUUACCCAUGGGAUGAUCUGAAACAAAAGCCAGUGAGUAUCCCUGCUGCCCCAACUACAGCAACUACAGUGUUAAAUCCUGAUAAUACUGGUGGGAUACAGCUUGUUACUAAACAUUUAAAGCCACAAGAAAUGGAUGCCAUUGUUAAAGAAAUAGGUCUGGUCCCCCAGCAUGACAUUAACCGUUUUUUGCAAUGGUUUUGUGGGUUUCAAAGAGUAAAAGAGAUGUAUAGCUUGACAAGAGAGGAUAUUGAAAGAGUUCUGCAGAGAGUUGCUGGAAAUGGAUUGUGGGUUAGGAUUGUACAGACAUGUGGUCAGCAGUGUAGAACUAGGGAUAUGUUGAAAGAGAUUUUAAGAGCAUUGUAUGGAAUUACAUCUGGUAUGUCGUUGUCUGGCAAAAUUAAACAACUGAAACAAGAAUCUCCUUAUGAAUUGUCGGCUAGAAUAUCUACAGUUAUGGAACAAUUGGUUGUCAGUAAUCCUGGUUUUGAACAGGGAGGGCUGAUGCAUAGAUCAAUGUUUUUAGAUGCAUUAGAGCAAGAGGUUAGAGAGGAGAUUUUAUCAGUAACCCCAGAUCCAUCAGAAAUGUGUGACAUAUUAUUAAGAGCUGAUAAUUUGUGGAGAAGAAAGAUUAAAAAUGAGAGUUUUGCUGUUGAUGCUGCAAGAAUUUUUAGGGUAGAGGGGCAAGAGAGAAGAGACAGGUCUGGCAUGUAUUCUCAGAGGGGGAAUAGAUUUCAGAAUAUGGGAGGUUAUAGAACUGAUAACGACUCAGAUAGAGGAAGGAGGGUAAAGAGUGAUAAACCGUUAAAACCAUGGGUACCUUUUCAUGAAAUUAAAAAUGAAAGAGAUCGCUUACAGGAAGAACUAGACAAUGUGAAAUAUGAAUUGGAUAAGAUCAAGAAUGCAGAAACAAGGGUAGCUACUGUGGAAGACAACAAGGUAGUUCACCCUAAAGAAAAAGGUGAUUGUUAG